GUAGCGUCCAUAGGUCUAUUCAGUCUCAUCCGAACAGAUUCCGUGCUACCUACCUAUAGCUCCCAGGGUGACAUCUUCUUCUUCCUUCACGGCAGCUAUGGCUGCCUCCCGUAUGGUUAUCAAUGCUCUGGGCAGUGCCUCCACUGGCCGUAUUCUGUACAUUGAGGCCGAUAAAACGUUCGUCGACCUGUUGUUGUCCUUACUGGCCCUCCCGGUAGGCUCGAUGCUCAAUUUGUUACGGAAGUAUUCUAGCGAUAUCGAAGGCAAGAUCGCCAGCGAGCCGGACUCAGCCUUCUUUCCGUCGAUUAUGAACUUGUACUUCAGUGUCACAACUAUUGAUGAGGUGUCCUUUCAGGCUCCCAAGAGCGACCUCGUUGAACCUCAGCCAUCUGUAGCUGCUAAGCAGAUGCUGAUUGGAUACGUCGCGGACGUCGUCGGAUCGAAUGACCGAUUGUACCGAUGCUCUGGAGGUGGUGGACCUUGCGUCUAUUUCUCUUCCCAAAGUGACUUUCUCUGUAGUUACCACGGAAUAAGUACGGAUCAUUUGGUGUGCAAAGUCGUACGUGCGAAGAGUGGGUCAGGCAAAGCGAAUGCCGCUUCCUCCUCGUGGCAUUACUGCAGUAAAGGCAUCUGCUGUCACGUGUCCAGAGUACCGCAGUUUCGAUGUCCCAGUCACAGAGGCAGCCAAAAGAACCCUUGUAGCGUUGUUCAAGGGGGAGGGGGAGGAGGAGGAGGAGGAGGAGGAGGUGGUUACGUGAAGGAGAACGUAUCGUUCAUGGUAACGGAUGACUUACACGUGUUUAAAUCUUCGACGGUUCGUAGCAUACAGACUCUCAACGAUAUGAAGGUCACGAAUAUCGCGGAUUUGGCGGGAGUGAGCAUAACAGUUGGAAAGAAAGAGCUGCUGAGGCUUGUCCUGCUGUCUCUCACUCGCCGGAAGGGAGUCUUGAGCGCGCUUUUUAGCAAGCAAUUUGCUCAGCAGCUCAAGCAGCGUGAAACGGUGGAUAACAAGUGAUUUGAGUUCGAGAAAGAUUGGCAAUCGCCGGGCAAGGAAGUGAUUGGAGAAAAUAGCGAUCGGAUCAUGCACGGCGGGGUUCGCUCGAGUAGAUCAAACAAUGAAUCCGUGUGCCAAUU